UAACACCGUAGCACCCAGGGAAGGAGGUUGCACCUGUCAGGACGUGGGGCAGCAGGGAGGCGACACGUGGACGGGGAAUUGGCCAGCCGCUGCCACACCUGUACUCAUCACCAUUCCUCCGGUGUGCAGUGUCUGUUAGCAGCCUGAAUUCCCCUCCGCUGUCUUACUCCACCUCGCACUCCAAUCCAGAGAAAAUGAGAAUAGUACAGGUGUUAGUGGUUGCUGCUGUGGUGAGCUGUGCAUUUGCUGUCAAGCCUCCAAAGUCAAAGGUUGUGAAGUGUGCUGUUUGCCGCAGCCUAGUGAGCGAACUGCAGAGUGCCAUUCUUGAGGUUGAUCCUCGCAAAAAAAUUGAUGUUGGUUCAUAUCGCAUUGAAGCUGAUGGAAAGCAGAAGCUCUCGGCUGUAAAGUAUGCUGGCUCAGAGGUGCACAUGAUGGAAACACUAGAGACUGUGUGUCAGAGCAUGAAGGAUUAUGCUCAAGCCAAGCACAAGGAGACAGGGCGAAUGGAGGCUAUCAAGCUGGUGGUGGGUGGCGCCAUGAACCCACGCAUGUCAGAGUAUGAGAUGGUUCAAGAUCCAGACCUGAAUAAAGGCCUUGAGUUCCACUGUGAGGCCAUUGUGGAGGAGUUUGAAGAUGAAAUCACAUCUUUCUUCAAGAGUAAAGCUGACUCCAGUUUAUUAGACCUACAGGAGGAGUUCUGCAAUGAUACCACUAGUUUAUGCACAGAUAUCAAGGAUGAAUUAUAACACAAAGAGGUUCAGGUAUAUGUUAAAGUUUUGUUAUUGCUGUAGUAUAUAGAGUUUUGUUAAUGCUGUAGUAUAUUUUUAUGACAUUCCAUAGUGACUAGUUAUAUCAAAUUUGCAAUGUUACAAUGUAUUAAUUAGUAUGCAAGCUAAAGAGACAGAACCAUUGCAUCAAAAAUUACAUUACAUCUAUACCCUACAUGAAAAAACCCAGAGAGUAACAAAAAAAUAUACUGACUAAAGGA